UGGAAGUCCCGGAAGCGGCUGCCGGGCUCAGUUGAUUGACAGCCGGGAGCGCGCCGGGGACGCCAGGACCAGAGACUUGCACAGCCGAUCCACAUCUCGCUUUUUCUAGAGAAAACGUGAGAGUAAAACCCGGAUACCUUGUCAGAGGUAAUAAAUCGGAACGCUGUAAUGGAAGCGCUGGUCGAGCGUCUGGAGAAGGCAGUGGUUCGUCUGGAGACGGUGGCUGGUAAACUACAGUUCGGGCCAGGGGGCGUGGCCAACGGUGACAUCAUCAUCAGCAGUCACAUGAUCAACGGAGGCGAAUCCCAGAGCAUGGAGGCGUUCGACCUCUUGCUGAGCGGUUCCGUGUGUGAAUAUGUGAAGACCAGCACAGCUAUUGGUGGAGACGUGGCGAAGCAUGCAGAGAUGGUGAACAACGCCCUGCAGAUCCAGCGCUCCUUCCUCAAAAUGUCCAUGACACACCGAGAGCCAGCAAAGGUAAGAGCAAACCAUCGUCUGUGA